UCUCUCACACACCGUCGGAUGCCAGCGGCUGCGGUUGUGCGUGCAGGUCUGUGUGUGACACACGGAUGCGAGGCGCUGUGUGUGUGUGUGUGUGUGUGUGUGAGAGCCGUUCUGGAGGGAGAGCGAGACGGCUGCCGUAUCUCUGAGAACGAGGAUGGGCUGCAAUCUGUGUAGCUUACAGAAGAGAGAGGAGCACUACAAACUACUGUACGAGAUCUCACAGGUGAACGGCAGGGAUCUGUCCAGGGCCAGUCAUGAGGAGGCUGUGGAGGCGUUACGGAGCGCUAAAGACCCCAUCGUGGUGCAGGUGCUCCGGAGGACCCCUCGGCCCCGGGGCCAGCUGGUGGACGUGUGCACGCAGACCGAGAUCACCUUCGAGCACAUCAUGGCUCUGGCCAAACUGCGUCCGGUCACUCCUCCUGUCCCUGACACCUGCCCCUUCCUGCUGUCCGACAGCGGUCAGGAGUACUUCGAGGGCGGCGAGUAUCUCUCUAACGUGACAGCAGACGCCGAGAGGACCGAGGAGCUCGAGUACGAGGAGGUGGAGCUGUGUCGUCUGAGUGUUCAGGAGAAGCUGGGACUGACUCUGUGUUACAGGACGGACGAGGACGAGGACCUGGCCAUCUACAUCAGUGAGAUCGAGCCGAACAGCGUCGCUGCGAGAGACGGACGAAUCCGACAAGGAGACCGUAUUUUACAGAUAAAUGGGCGGGAUGUUCAGGACAGACAGGAAGCAGUGGGCGUUCUCUCCAAUGAGGAAUGCAAGAAUAUCGUGCUGCUGGUCGCAAGACCGGAAAUACAGGAGGAGCCGUGGCUGGAGGACGAGCACAGCGAGUUCUUAGAGGAGCUGAAGAUGGAGAUGCUGGAGGAGCAGAGGAGAGAGGAGGAGGAGGAGGAGGAGGAGAUGAAGAGAGCGGCGCGAGAAGAAGACCAGGCUAGAAUAACUCAAGAGGAAAGCACGAUGGCGUCCUGCUCCUACAGUCAGGAGAAGAGCCUGGACCCGGAGCAGAGCGUCUUCACUCAGAUCCAGAAGCAGCUGUCGCGCUGUCUGUCGGGCCGGAGCUCUGCGGACGGAGCGGAGAAGCUGCUGGAGCUGAAGUGUCAGAUCCGUAACGGCGGCGAGUACGACCUGUUCUACAGCAGCAUCCAGUGCAGCGGUGUGGAGCACGAGUUACGGAUGCUGAGCGAGGAGCUACGCAGCAUCCAGAUGGAGUGCCAGAGCAUCAUGAAGGCGCAUCAGCUGGGAUCCCGCGAGCGUCCAGAGAAGUCAGACAAGGACAGCUCGAGUGCGUAUAACACGGCCGAGAGUUCACGCAGCACACCUCUGGUCACAGAGCGUUCUCCGGAGCACCGCAGGGUCAGCCUGGCUAACCGCAGGAACCUCUUGACUCUCCGGCGGGCCCCGAGCGGCAGCCCUGACCACAGCAACCCCUCAGAGUCCGAGCAGACGGCCGAGGGCCCGCGGCCCCAGAGCUACCUACAGCUGAUCCAGCAGCAGACGGCGCUGGAGUUUGUGAGCCGGCCUUCUGAACCCAAGAUGGAGUGGAAGGUGAAGGUCCGGAGCGACGGGACCAGGUACAUCACCAAGCGGCCCGUCCGGGACAGACUCCUGCGGGAGCGAGCGCUGAAGAUCAAGGAGGAGCGCAGCGGAGGCAUGACCACCGAUGAUGACGCCAUGAGCGAGAUGAAGAUGGGACGCUACUGGAGCAAAGAGCAGCGCAAGCAGCACCUGCUGAGGGCCAAAGAGCAGCGGCGGAGGAGAGAGUUCAUGCAGCGGAGCCGGCUCGAGAGCCUUCGAGAGAACCCGCUGAGCAGCGGAGAGGGACGCCCCGAGCCCAGCAUCAUCGAGCUCAGCCACCGCAAGAUGAUGAAGAAGAGGAACAAGAAGAUCCUGGACAACUGGAUGACCAUUCAGGAGCUGAUGACUCACGGGGAGAAGGCUCCCGAGGGAUCUGCGGCCCACAAUGCCUUCCUCUCCGUCACCACUGUAUAGAUCCUCACGCUGCUUCUCAAACUUUACCCCAUGCGGUACGAUCGACUUUUGCCUCGUUCAAAGCGGCGAUUUUUAUGAGAAAAGACCAGAGUAUUUUUCACACUUUGUUAACGUUUUCUACACAAUUCAAUGAGAUUCACUGCAUUUUUUAUGCUUUUUUUGUUACUGGAAUAUUUUAACUAAGGUACCUGUAGGAAUACAGUAUUUCACUUGAACACUACAGCUCUGUCAUGAUUCACUUUAAACCUGUUGACGUUCUACAGAGUCUUUAAGAGGACAUGCUGAUAAAAAAUAUGGCAUGGGAGAAAAAAUUAUGUCAAGUUUUUAUUGCUAGCAAUCGUUUAGCGUUCCCCAAGAAACUUUCAACCAUUUUAAUUUGAGCUCUUAUCUGCUCGUUUUGAUUCUCAUCCAAAAAAAUGUGUUGUUCACUGUUUGGCUUUCGCUCAUGAUUUUUUUUUUUCAAUAUUUUGCUUUCACCAAAAGAUUUUUUUCCUCAAUUUUAAUUUAUAAUUUGCGUUUGCUAGUUUCUUUACUCAAGAUUUACCUUUGUCCAAGUAGUUUGUUUCAUUAUUAUUAUUAUUAUUAUUUUGAACUUGUACUUUACAUUCACUCUUUUAAUCAUUAAACACUAAAGCGUUUGCCCAAGAAAAUUUUUUCAAAACUUUUUUAAUUUUUACUAUUUUAAAUCAAGGCUCACCCAAGUUAAGAAAUAAUUUUUUCAAGAAUUAUUUUUACAUUUUGACUUUGAACUUUGAACUCACUUGUUGACUUCCUUUUUUUUCUCAUCCCAGUAUUUUUAAUCAAAUCUCAAAAUGUAUAUUUUGCAUUUGUUUGUUUAAUCAUGAAAGUUUUGCUUUCACUCAAGAUAAAAAUUUCUACUUUGCAUUCAUUCAUCUGCAUUCAUUCAUAUAUAUAUAUAUAUAU